AUGGCCAUCGGGGCGGCAGGAUACCCCUUCUACGUCGCCGGACUCUUCUACUACGACCGAACAGGCGGUCAAGUCUUCCCCAUCGUCGGCGGCGUCAUUCUCGGCUUCUGCUGUCCGUUGAUGUGGAACACGGCCAUGGCGGUGCAGUGGUCUUACGCGACCGAGGCGGAGAAAGGGCUGUACAUCACGAUACAGUUUCUGUUGAACGCGGCCGGGUCCAUCAUCGGGUCUCUGGUGGCCUUCAUCAUCAUCCUCAAGGGCGCGACGGCCAGCGAAGGCUCCCCGACCGCGGUGUACAUCACCUUCCUGGUGCUGAUGCUGCUCGGCUUCGUCACCGCCGUCUUUGGCCUGGUGUCGCCGGGCAAGGUGGAGAGAUCCGAUGGCACGCACGUCGCCGUCUUCCGCGUGCUGCCGUACAAGGAGGAGUUGAGGGGCGUGUGGGAGGCGCUCAAGGAACCGCGCAUCAUCGCCAUGCUGGUGGUGUCGGUGUGCACCGAGUUCCCCGUCGCCAUCAUGCCCAUCCUCAACGCCCACUACUUCAGCCUGCGCGCCCGCGCCCUGAACAGUGUCCUCUUCGACGUCAUGUUCCUGCCUUCCGCCCCGGCCUUCAUGUACCUGCUGGAUCGCCUGCCCUUUGGCCGCACCAAGCGCGGCCUGAUUUCCUUGGGCGUCGCCACCGUCGUCAUGGUCACCGCCUGGAUCUCACUCAUCUGCUGGGUCUGUAUCUCACACACCUUUGCCAACCCCCCGCUGGGCGGUGUCGACUGGUCCGACGCCAACUACGCCGGGCCUUUUGUCCUCUAUCUCUCCUUUGGCAUCGUCUUCACCGUCCAUCAGUUGAUUGGAAUGUGGACCAUGGCCACCUUGACCAACGAUCCGAGAAAGCUAGGCAUCUACGGUGGUAUCUGGAGAGGUAUCUCGGGCGGUGGUUUGUGUAUUUGCUUUGCCAUGAGUGCAGGCCACGUCUCAUACAAGUAUGUUCAUGUUAUUCCACGGCCCCUGGUGGAUAGUCGGAAGCCCAAGUUCGAAGCCCAGGUCUGA